GAUUGGUCCUUGUAAUCUGGCAGUUUGCCGUUAUUUUCCCUCUCCAUUGCAUAGUGACGCAGACUUGCCUGUAAAGCGGAUUGAAGGUUAGAAAGCCUUGGGCUGGUUUGUCAGCAAAAUUAAAAGAUUUCGAACAUAAAUUAUUAUGUUAUAGAUUAUUUUGUCUCAUGGUGUGUUGAUACUCCAUCCUUCCUAUUUUAGUUUAUUUUUUGAAAAUAAAGUCAUCCAUAGGGAGAGCUAAAUCACCUAGCAAUGUUUGCUAAGCUCAAAGAACGUGUGGACAAGUUUCUAAACGAGAAGAACUUUGUAACGGAUUUCCUUGGAAAGGUGGAGGAGAAAACGGGGAUUAAGAAAAAGUUUCUCGCCGUUGGUGCAGUGUCUAUAACAGGGUUGUAUCUGAUCUUUGGGUAUGGGGCUUCCCUACUUUGCAACUUGAUUGGCUUCGUAUACCCAGCAUAUUACUCCAUCAAAGCCAUUGAGAGUCCCAACAAAGAUGACGAUACCAAGUGGCUAACCUACUGGGUUGUGUAUGGUGUCUUCAGCGUGGGGGAAUUCUUCUCUGAUAUCUUCCUGUACUGGUUCCCAUUCUACUAUGUUGGAAAGUGUCUCUUCCUGCUGUGGUGCAUGGCCCCGGUUGCGUGGAACGGCUCUCACAUUCUGUACACGCGCGUGGUGCGGCCGUUCUUCCUCAGACACGAGGCGGCGGUGGACAGCGUGGUCAGCGACCUGAGCGGCAAGGCCAUGAGCGCGGCGGAGAAUGUGACCAGAGAGGUCCGGUGAGUCCAGCCUUGAGAAGUCCCAGUGACCGGGCCAGAUAUGGAAACCCACCGCUCCUGCCCUUAGUUUAACCCCUUGGAUUUCUUUCCCCAGCUGCAAACUGAUCUGCCACCCCUGGACCUGAUGGAAGAGGACUGUUCAACUAGGACUGCGAUACCAGCCAAACAUAACCACUGUGGAACAAUGUUUAUAUUCACUUGUAUGAGAGCCUUGGGUUGUUCUUUCCCAGCAGUUCAGCAGUGUCUGCAAAUGACCAUUGCACCAAUGCAGCAAUUUUAACAUCAAGUUUUAAACUUCAGUAUCUUUGGUUUACAAAUAGUAGUAAGCAGUUUGCCUGUGGAGGUCAGAUUGCAGAUUUUUUUUAAACAGUGGCCCAUAAUGUGUUUUGUCGCUUCUUUAGGCUCAUUUACAAGCAUUCAGGGUUCUUGGUAUUUGUUUGAUUUGCCAUGUCUUGGGUUUAAAUCAACAUGGUUUUACCUAGCAUUAUAUUUCUCUUCACUUAAGUACUAUUGUUGUUCAUGAAAGUCUUACAGCCAAGCACUGGUAAAUAUAAUUUAGUUCAGCAUCACUCAUUUUUAAGUAUUCAAUUAGUUAACAGAUAC